AUGGAGUCAAAAAGAGCACCGCCAGCACUAUUUGUUCUAUUUACCCGCAUGGACCGUUCGCCCUUGUUUAUGGAUCAUGCGCUACUACAGGAUGAGAAGCGCCGAUGGCAACUGCUAACACGAUGCCGGCGAGGUGUUGAAUCUACCUUGGUAUCGCGGCGAGCAUCGCGCGGUUUGCAUCGAACGGAUUCGGCAGGUCCAGCACAGGGACGUGUCAUGAUGGAGGACAUUGACGAAGUGCGCGAUGCAAGCCGGCGGAGCUGGAUGGAACGGGCGCGAGUGGCCCUCGCACGUGUGCCAUUUCUGCAGUGGGUAGGCCCUACCCGCGGAAGCGAGGAUGGUGUGCCUGCAGAACUGCACCCCACGCGAUUCGGGCACAGGGUGCGCGGAGGACAAGGACAUAAGCAAACGAAUGAGCUCGCGAACGACUACAUCAUGGCAGGGAGUGGAAUGGCUCUUGAUGAGCCACUGCAGCGUCUGGACCCACGCAUCAUUGAAGGCGGACGUGCAAAAAUGGGUCUUGCGUUUAUUGAUCGCACAGGGUGGGACCCGAGUCAAACACAACGCGAUAGUCUAGAUGACCUAUAUACAUGGAUCGAAACUUUGUAA